GGAGGAGGGUGAGGCAGGGUGAGGGAGGCAGAGACCUGCAACAAAAGCACACAACAAACCCUCGCUCAGUGGCAUUUCUCCCCAGCCGGCCAGUGAGGGUGACCUGCACCGCUGGAUGCGCACAGUUUGUCUUCUGUCGGUGAAAACAUCGCGUGGCCAUGGAGUGUCUCAAAGAUUGCUGCAAGAACUUCAUGAAGAAGAGGGGGAAGGAGCACGAGACCCAAGUGAUCACGCUGAAGAUGCCUCCUAACAAGGCAGCAGCAUCAGAACCAGAGUUUUACGAAGGCCGAAAGGGGGUCACAGAAGAUUACCUCCUGUCCAAGCUGCCCCCGGACGGCAGAGAGGUGCCGUUCGUCCUGCCGACCUUCAAGGCCUCCUAUGUCCAACCCAGAGGUUCCCGCUUCCCCAAUCUACAGUCUGGACCGCAGAGUUCAGCCCGGUGCACAUAUGCAGAGAGGAAGGCAGAGCUGCUGGGCUCCAGUCUCUUCGCCUACAGCACCGAGUCCAGCUUCCAUCAGGGUCAGACGGCCAAGUUCAUCUCCCCGGGCUCGACCCGCCGCAACACACAGGACAAAGGAAACUCCAGUCCCCAAAGUUCAGGUCGGACGCUGAAGCCGGGCGACGAGCAGCAGCUCAGCAGCUCCAUGUUUGAUCUGUCCAGCUCUCAGGGUCAGAUGCAGCGCUUCGACUCUGUCUCCAGCGUCCUGAGCAGCACGUCCUCCGUGAUUGGCUCCAUUGAAAGCAGUCUGGACUCCAUCACCCUGUCAGGUGAUGAGCGUGAGCUGGGGAAGGUGAGCGUCCAAGUGAGCUACCAGGAGGCUCUGGAGCAGGUGUGGAUCACUCUGGUCCAGUGUUCAGACCUCAACCUUCCUCUGGACGGAGUGGAGCAGCAAAAGAUUGGAUUUAAAGGGAUCAUCACCAUCCCCAAACCGAUACAGUUCAAGAGCUCGAUCAAGACGUACUGUCAGGAUGUGUCCUUUAUGGAGACCUUUGUGUUUGCGCUGCGUCUUCAGCAGUUGCGUUGCAGUGCUUUAGUGCUGCGUCUGCAAACACACAACCCCAGGAAACGUACGGUGGCGGAGUGCGUCCUCUCCCUACGACAGCUCGGUUCUCAGGAGACGGAGCACUGGCUCGACCUCAACCCUCCGUCCAAAUCGUCUGUGUGCCACUCUGAGCUGCAUCUCACCACCUGCUUCCAGCCAGUCAACGGACGCAUCCAGCUCCAGGUCCUCGCCGCCCAAAACCUCCCAGCAUCCUCCUCACCGCUCACCCAAGCCUUUUUUGUCAAAGUGGAGAUGUACCAGUUGGGGCGGGUGGUGAUGAAGAAGAAGUCUCGUGUGCUAAAGGCUUCGGGGGGUCAGUGUCAGUGGAACGACACUUUUCACCUCCUCCUGGCAGCGUUAGACCAGGACUGCUCGCUGUCAGUCAGACUCUACAGCCGGAGCUCGGUCAGGAGGAAACAGUGUCUCGGACAGGUUCAGCUGGGAUUUGACAGCCCCGUCCCUGGAGCAGUGGAGCAGUGGAAGGACACGAUGGCUCAUCCAGAGAAAGUGGUGUCUGCGUGGCACAGGCUGAGCGCUGCCUAAACCUCCCUCCCCAACCUCCUCUUUAUGGAUGCUCCUGGGCUGCAGGUCCGGCUGCGCCCAGUUUGCCGCAGUCCCGUACGCCUGCUGAGUCGGCUCCAGUGGACCAGACUGUAAAGUACUGAAUGUGCUCUGAAUGGGAGACUGGGAGACCAGACGUCCACUGAGACAGUUCAGGUGCUCGGGUGUAAAUAGGGGUUUUCGAACAAAGUGUAGGUCCUGGAAAACUUUUUGUGUGUGUGUAGAUAAAAUACAUUGUUGGUUUUUUUUUAUUUAAAAAGCAGUAGAGUCUAACUGACAACAGUUCGCCUGCAUAGCAUUUAGCUGUACAUACUGCUGUGUUUUGUAAGUCACGUGCCUUGUUGUGUAUACGUCACUGCUUUUUAGUGAAAAUCUUCUCACUCUAUUUCAGUUGGAGAGAAAGUUUACAAGCAGAGAAAAUUAACUAUGAAGCCAAACUCGUUGCUGAAUAAAGUCUAUUACUAAAGGUGUAAAAUAUUCAGCAGGUUCCUUAGUUUCUCUCAGUCAUCACUGAGAGCCUGUAGGAGUUUCUAGUGGCGUCCUUGUCCUCUGUCUUUAUUUCUUCGUUUCCUAAGUACUUUGCUGUGUCGGGACAUCUUUAGAGGGUUGUGCAGACGUUCUGGUUGUUUAGCGGCUGUGAAACAAUCAAAAACAUGAGCUUUUAUUUCCCUGAUUCGCUGCUCUGUUUUCACGAACUUCCACUCUUCACUCACCCUUCAGCUCACCACUGCAAACCAAACAUUAUUCUGCAUAAUGGUGCCUUUGAGGCCCAUCUGAAAGGAAAAGGCUGUCGAUAUUCUGUAUUUUUCACGGUGUGAGCGAACUCAUUAACAGAUUAUGUCAUGUCUAUUUCUUGCUUUCCUUCCUGUCUGUCUCUUGCUGUGGUGCUUCAUCCUGCUGGUUUCUGAUGAAGAAGUAAACAGCUGGACCCUGCUGUGUUCAGCCUGCUGUGACUUACUUUUACUCUCCAGUGUGUGAACACAUCCAUCACCUUUUAGUUACAGCUGCUUUAAACAGGAAUAAAUAGUCUAUUUGCAGGGACUAUUUUUAGAUGCGGAUUAAUACACGUUUGGUCUGUCCAAAAACUACUGCUUGUGCUCUUCUUAAUGAAGGCACAGGUCAGACUGUGCAACGACGUGACUCACUGAUAUGCUUUAAUAUUCUUUGGACAGCAGUUAACGGAGCUGGUUUUGGGUUUGGCCUUUUAAUGUUUUUUACUGAUGCUUAAAAAAAAAGAAGGAAAUUGAAGUUUUCUAGUAUACUGAUGUAACUAUAGGACAUCAUUUUACUGCAAUACAGCAGUAUCAAACUGUAGCAUUUGAUAGUGAAGCUCUUGUAUAUGUAUUUAAUGUUUUAAUACUAAAUGGUUUAGUGAUUAAAAGUAGGUGUUGUUGGAAAAUGUUCAUUUGUGUGUGUACUGAGACAAAGAGGUGGAGAGAGCACUAAGUGAAAAUAAAGACAUAAGAAGAAAUAAGAAGAGGGAGUCAGUACGAAACUCUCAGGGUUUUAAGUGAAAUUGUGAAUGAUGUGGAGACUCUUUUAAAGCUCUCUUAUUUUGCAAUAGAAGAAAAACGGGGCAACUUCCUCAGCAUGUAAAUUACACAGUCUGUAAAACAGGUCAACAGCUGUAAACCGCUGUGACUCUGGCUCUGCGUCACCCCGUUUUUCCAUUUCACGCUUUAAUAUGAAGGCGGUGUAACUGCCCAAUUGUACACGAGCAAUUUCAGCCUCGGGACAUUUGUUACCUGUAGAAAAAUCAGAACAAUUUCCUUUCAGUUGCAGCACUUUGAAAAACACUUUGAAUUAAACGUGUCCACCUUUUGCCUUCGCUUGAAAAACAAUUUCCUAAAAAGAAAAAAUAAACGAAACCUACAAGUCA